UUAGGGUUCCAAUCGCGCCAUGGGACGGAGGCGAGAGCGCAGGCAGGGAACUAGUCGCCGGGUGAAGCUCGAUCUCACAGAUUCCGAGCCGCAAGAGAAUGCGGCCGCCGAUUCCAAAGCGGGAGAAGAGAUUGCCGAUAGAUCUAGAAACGAUGGGGACACUACUACUGCCGCUGCUUCACCACCAUCCAACUCAGAAGCACAAGGCUGGUCACUUCUUCUUUUCGUUUGUGAGGUCUACUACUCAGAACCAGCAGCGAAGAAAGAUGGUAGCGGCUCGUCAGCAAAUGGCCUUUGCGGUGCUCCAGAGAAUUCGUUAUCGUUGUUGGGCCAGUACGAUGCCGACGAUGAUGGGAAGGUGGAGUCGGAGGAGAAAACCUCUUCUGGAAAUAUCGAUGAAAAGAAAAUGGAUGCAGAGGUGGCUGAUUUUAUUGCCGAGCUUGAGACAAGCGGAUUGCUAGACGCGAAUGCGUCCGAGACUUCGGAACCAGAAGCGAAACAAGUUGUUGAGCCAACAACAGAAGCUGCGGAGAUCAGAUCGGUUGUGGAAAGAACAAGUCGUCCGUCUCUGGCCUCCAUGAUCGGGGACGUUGUCGAGAAAGUGCUCGCAGAGAAUGAACCGGAGAAAUGCGACUGGAGAGCUGUUCUUCACGAGGAAAGUGGGGAGUAUUACUAUUGGAAUGUGGUGACUGGGGAAACAACUUGGAACAAGCACGACGGUUCUGUAGAGGCUGCUGUAGGCGUGGCACCUUUACCUUCAGAGUCUUACCCGGGAUUGCAAGCCACUUACGCUCCGGCCAUCUGUGAUGUGAACUAUUCUGGAUUAGUCGGGACUUCAGACGACGCUGAUACGCGGCUUGGAUCAGCUGCCCUCGUACAACUCGGAGAGACAAUUUGCGAACGCUUGAAAGGUCUUUGCGGGGACGCUUUGGUGACAUUACCAAAUCGCAUACGGCUGGCUGUCGAAGCAGAGAUACGGCUAUCCGAUUGCCGGCUGCUCAUGGCGCAAGGAAUGACUGACGGUCUCAUGUGGACAAAUACAGAAGCUCAUAUACGACGAAUCGAGUCAUUGCUUGUAGCCGAGCAGCAAGAGCAAGAGGCUGGUGUGAGAGCUGAAGACGAAGAUGUUGAUAUGGAGGUCGAUAUGGAUAUUGAGGAACCUGAAAUGAUCCAGCAGGCUGUGCCGCCACCUGAUGAAGACUCUGCUCCUCCGCCACCUCCCGAGCCAGAAAUUAUUCCCCCGCCGCCAGCGCAAGAACCUCUUUCUGAUCUGACAACCAACAGAGACGCGGUUCCACCCCGCGGAGAAAUGGAGACUUCUACAUCUGCGAGCAGUGCGGCACUUGUGGAAGCAGCGGCAGCCGCUGCUAAAAAAGCAAGUAAAGCUACGCGAAUGAAGAAGGGAAAUGCGCCAGUUCUCGUGAGUAAAACAAGCAAAAUGUCAUCCCUUGUAAACAAGUGGAUGGCUGCGAAGCAAGAGUUGCAUGAAAGUGAUGAUGAAGAUGGCGAGAAAGAACUAUAUGAUCACGAGGCAAUAGAAAGAAAGCGGCAAAGAGAGAUUGAUGAUUGGCGCAGGGAGCAGAUUGCAAGUGGACAAGCUUUGGACAACGUCAAUUUUCAACCUCUAGGACCAAUAGACUGGAGGGAUAGGGUGAAGCGAGCAAGGAAAGAAGGUCAAUCAAAAGUUUCUUCAACAAGCAAGAAGCAUCCAAAUCUGGACGUGCUUUCGAAAGGUCUUGCACCGGGGUGGAAGGCUUUCUACGAUGAAAAAUCUGGUGAUGUCUAUUACGGAAACUUAGAAACAUCUGAAACGACAUGGGAUAGGCCAGUCGCGUGAACAGUUUUGUUUUAAACGCUCGAGAGGAAUGUCGAACGUCUGCUGUAGCGUU